AUGAGCUACUAUGGCAGCUACUACGGAGGCCUGGGCUAUGGCUGUGGAGGCUUCGGUGGCCUGGGCUACGGCUAUGGAGGCUUUGGUGGCCUGGGCUAUGGCUGUGGAUGUGGCAACUUCCGCAGACUGGGCUACGGCUGUGGCUAUGGAGGCUACGGGUACGGCUACCGCCCAUCAUUCUAUGGAAGGUACGGAUUCUCCGGCUUCUACUGA